GUUGCCGGGGGAGCGGCGCGGGCGUCCCGUCUCCGUCGGCCCCGCCGGCCGGCCUGACCCUGGGCAGUAGGGACCUGCUGGCCCUUGAGUGGGGCUGCCGGAGACGUGUCCAACCUGGGCCCAGGCCGAGUGGAGGGGGCGACCCGUGGGGUGAGCAGCCCGCUCACUGCCAGCAGCACCUGCGUCGCAGCUGCCCGACCCCCCAGCCCCCCGGACCCACUUGGUCUCAUGGAGUCUCGGGGCGAGAAGUCGGAAGAGGCCGAUGGGGUGCGCGUGACGCCCCAGCUGCUCAAGGCGCGCUCGGGCGAGUUCUCCCUGGAGUCCAUCCUGCUGCUCAAGCUGCGGGGCCUGGGGCUGGUGGACCUGGGCUGCCUUGGGGACUGCCUGGGCCUCGAGUGGCUGGACCUGUCGGGCAAUGCGCUCACCCAGCUGGGCCCGCUGGCCUCCCUGCGGCAGCUGGCCGUGCUCAAUGUGGCUGACAACCGGCUGACGGGCCUGGAGCCCCUGGCCGCCUGUGAGAACCUGCAGCAUCUCAACGCCGCAGGCAACCUGCUGGCUGGGCCUGCGCAGCUGCAGUGCCUGGCGGGGCUGCGGGGUCUGGAGCGCCUGCGGCUCCGAGACCCCUUGGCGCGGCUCAGCAACCCGCUGUGUGCCAGCCCCUGCUACUGGGCCUCAGUGCGCGAGCUGCUGCCCGGCCUGAAGGUCCUCGAUGGCGAGCGUGUAAGUGGGCGCGGCAGCGACUUCUACCAGCUGUGCCGGGACCUCGACAGCUCCUUGCGCCCCGGUCCUGGCACUCCCGGCCCCUGGCCGGCGGAGGCCCAGCCCUGGGUGGAGCCCAGCUACUGGGAGGCCUGGCCCCCACGCAGUAGCUCCAUCCUGGAGGAGGCCUGCCGCCAGUUCCAGGACACGCUGCAGGAGUGCCACGACCUGGACCGCCAGGCCCGGGACAGCCUGGCCCAGGCGGAGCGGGUGCUCAGCCCCGCGGGCGCUGCUGCCACCUCCUUCAUCUUCUGAAGGCACCCCGGGGCGCUCGGUGGCCUUCAUGCUUGUCUGGACGGUUUUGUCCUGCUGCUCGCUGCCCUUCAAGGAAAACUCUCCAGCUGUCUAUCAGAGACGUAUCUCCCUCGGGUCCUCCCCAAGCAGCCGGCUCAGCAUGAGGCUGUCCUGCCACCUACGCAGUGCGCCUGGGAGGAGGUCCCUGGCCCCUUCCUUGGCCACAGCUGCUGCCUGUCCCGGCUGCAUGAGCCUGAGGCUCGGGGGGAAGAAAGUGGCUUGGUCCUGAGGCUGCAGGUGGGCAAGGCGGGAAAGGCUGCUGAGGGCGAUGCUGAGCUCGGCCAGCCGGCCGUGGAAGCUGCAUUUAUUCACCUCCCAGGUUCUCCUAUCCGGUGACUCUCUGCUGUGUCCCUCGCUCCUGGGUCUCCCAGGAACCUCCACUGUCCCCAUUCCCACCCAUGCUCAUCCCUAUUAAAUUAUGUUUUAAUUUGUAUUAGUACA